AUGUUUAAGUGUACAAAAGAUAUGGAAAACAUAACUUUAAGUCCUACUAUGACUGCCAAAUUGAAAAGCAAAAAUGCUGCUAAAAAGAUCAAGGAAGGAUCGCCAAAGUUUCAAGAAGUCUUCAGAGAGAGAUGUCGACAAAGAAUGCGCGAGAAACGAAGACAAUUAUUUAACAACGGUAGAUUUGGUUUGGAAACAAGUUUGGAAGAAGUUCAAGAUACCUUAUCCGAAAUUGUGCGUAAAGAGUUAAACGAUCUCGUUACCACGGAUUUAGAUCCAACUCUGAAUCCUUUCUCUCCUAUAACCAGUGAACCACUUAAUACUGAAGAAGCAAUGGAGCUUGAAACUGAAAUACUUAAUGAAGAAGAACAAUGGAUAUUAGAAGAGUAUGAAAAAAUGUCACAGGAAGAAAUGGAGUCAUUAGCAUUAAUUGCAGAUACAGAAGGUGAAGUCAUUUGUCCUAUAUGUCAGACAUCUAAUCUCAUUCAAAAAGAAAAUCAUAUAACUUGUACAUCCUGUGACUUCACAUUGAAUGGUAGUAUCACCUUAAAAGAUCUAGGAUAUGUUAUAAAGAAAACUGCAAAUACUCAUUCUGAGAUAUGUAGAGAACCACCUGGUUUUCUAUCAGUUCCUGAAAAUAACACAUGUUUAUACUUAGUUUGUAACAAGUGUUCAACUUGGCUAUCAAUAGUAUAAAUUUUUAUAUUUCUUAAUUAAUGUAUUGACUUUCAGCCUUAAAAAUAAGCUAAUUUAUUUGUUUUUGUACAAUUAAUCGAAGUAAAUUAUUAUUAGUUUUUUAAUUGACUAGUUAUAUAAAUUUAAAUGAAUUUCAUAAUGGGCAUCACAUUGAUGUCCAUUAGGAUAAUACAAAAAAUUGUAAAUAUGAUCAUAUUUCCUUUUCUUAAGUCAAAUAUAAAAGUAACAAAAAAUUAUAAAUACGAAAUAAUAUAGGAAAGAGAAAAAAAAAAUGGAAUUAAAAUUUUUUUUUAUGGAAGUAAACAUUUAACAGUACAUGAAUGUUUAUGUGAUUAUAUGAUACAUAUUGUACAAAAACAACAUCCCAUCAUUGAUUCUUUAUAUUUUUUAUGACUUAUGAGUACACAAUGUAAAUUUCAAAUAAAAGACGUCUGUAUAUUGUAAAAAUCAAAUUAAGUAAAUUUUAUGUUUUGUGAUCAUUGAAAGAAGCAGGUUAAGCUUUUGAAAAACUAUACAUCACUCACACUACAUAACAUUUUGUUAUAUACAAUUAAUAUUUAAUGACAAUAAUAACAUUACAAUACGCAGAAGUCUUUCAUGGCUUAAGCUAAUAUUUAAAUUUUAUAAAUGAUUUGUACAUUAUCACAUGAAAUUUCGCAAUAAAAACUUCACAUUUCAUAACAUUAUUAGUA